AUGGGGACAAUCUCCAAUGACAUCCGGAGACUUUUGGAGGACAGUCACUACUUUUUAACUGAAGUUCUUGAGGAGGAAACACUGAGCAAAUACGCAGAUGAGAUCAGACAAGUUCUGCUGAAUAACUUUAGUGUUGUCCAAAAGGGAAAUCCUAAGGACUUUUCUUUGAACGCCGAUUCGCAGCACGAAGACAUUUCCGAUGACAACGGCAGAUCCAGUCUCGGCCGCUCAGUUCCCUCCGAUGAGGCUUCAAUUGCGUCUGAUUACCAGGAUGAUGGAGCCCAAGAGUGUCUUCAGGCUCUCCCCGCGGUGGCCGUCCAGGACCUCAACCCAAUAAUAAAGCAAGAUUACUUGGAAAAGCGGCGACGAGACCCCGGCUUCUUUGGCUCAGAAUGGCAGAAGAGAUGGUGUGUCAUUUCCAAAAAUAUAUUGUUUUAUUUUGGAAAUGAGAAAGAUAAGCAGCAGAAGGGAGCCUUUUAUAUUAAUGGUUACAAGGCAGAAUUAGUUACAAACCUCAGAAAAGACUCCAAGAAGAAUGCUUGUUUUGAACUCACUGCUCCAGCAAGACGAUCCUUUCAGUUUGCAGCGAGCAGUCCUCAAGAUGCCCAAGAUUGGGUGGACCAAAUCAAUUUUAUUACUAAAGACCUCCAAUCUGACCAAAUUCCUUGCGACGAGGACGAAGAGGAUGUGGAUGAGGUGGAAGAGGGCUCAUAUGACGAUAUUGAAGGAGUAUUGGGUCCCGACCUUCCACAUCCCAAUGCACCUCCACAUGGCACCCAGGCAGAGCAGGAAGACAGCGAGGGGGAAGAAAUUUACCAGGAGUUGCCAGACGAUUUCAUAGACCCUUCAGACAACAAUUCCCUGGAUCGGUCCACAGAUUACGAUAACUACUUCCAAGGCUUAUGGGACUGUGAGGGCGAUGAACCGGACGAGCUCACUUUCCAAAGAGGAGACGUCAUCUACAUUCUUAGCAAGGAGUACAACAUUCACGGCUGGUGGGUCGGAGAGCUCAGGGGCGCCGUGGGCAUCGUCCCCAAAGACUUCCUGCACCCUGCCUACAUCCUGUGA